UUUUUUUUAUUUCAUGGCAUAUAAACAGUACUAUAUAAUCGCAUACUAUAUUUAAAUAAUCUAACUAGUUAUAUUAAUUGAAUAAUAUGAGUAUUUUAGCAUAUAAUGGUGGUGCUAUUAUAGCAAUGAAGGGAAAGAAUUGUGUUGCCAUAGCAGCUGAUCGUAGAUUUGGUAUUAAAGCACAAACAAUAUCUUGUGAUUUCCAAAAAAUAUAUGAAAUGGGACCUUAUUUAUAUCUUGGUCUUCCUGGACUUGCAACUGAUAGUCAGACUGUUAUGGAAAGGUUACGAUUUAGAUUAAAUUUGUAUGAAUUAAAAGAAAAUAGAAAAAUUCAUCCUAAAACUUUUGGUUCAAUGAUUUCAAAUCUGUUAUAUGAAAAAAGAUUUGGUCCAUACUUUGUGGAACCUGUAGUUGCAGGGUUAGAUCCUGAAACUUUUGAACCUUUUAUUUGUAAUAUGGAUUUGAUAGGAUGUUUAAAUUUGCCAGAAGAUUUUGUCGUUGGUGGUACCUGCUCAGAACAAUUGUAUGGUAUGUGUGAAGCAGUGUACGAGUCUAAUUUACAAGCAGAUGAUCUUUUUGAAACUAUUAGUCAAGCAAUGGUUAAUGCCUGUGACAGAGAUGCUAUUUCUGGCUGGGGUGCUAUUGUUUAUAUGAUAGAAAAGGAUAAAGUUACAUCAAGAACUAUUAAAACUCGUAUGGAUUAAUUAUAUCUUUUAUUAUAAUAACAUUUUAUUGUAAUAAUAUUGUAUAUAGAAA